GGACCUUAAACAUUGAUGCAGCUUCAAUCGUGACUUGUUAUAUUGGAACACAAUCUAUUUGUGUCCAUUAUGCUCUCCUUUCCAAAUUAAACGCACAAUAAAGCACUCGAAGUCCUUGGUUGGUUUUAAAAAACCACAGUCAUCUGUGUGGAUGUUUCUUUUGGAUUCUAAUGUUUUAACCGCGACUUCUGGGUCUUGGUGAACUAACAUAAGAAUCCUGAUCCCGACUCACCUCGGCACAGACGUCGUAGCUGGGCGGCGCGGCACAUGUGACCUCGGGGCAGACGGUACUGUUGGACCAUUUUUAAUCAGCCGUUCAGUGAAUGGAUGGAGAAGAAAAAUGCAGGGAUCUGCAGCAUGGUUAAAGGUAGAGGACAGGUUUGAUCAAUAACUCCAUUGAAUAGCACAGGAUUUAGUAUUCCUGUCAUAUGGGUCUGACGCAGUUGACGGUCCACCCAGAAGAAGAACAUCAAUAUCAGCCCUGCAAUUAUCUGCAGUUACUGACUUAGUACAUGAGGGUAUUUCAAUGCGGUGGUAUAGUUAUAGUUCAGUGCACCGCGAUCUCUGUUUGAAAAACAUCAAUAACGCAUAAAAAGAAAAAUGAAUGCGGUGUCAUUUAUAUUUCAGCUGAGAGUUACUUUUUUAGAGAGAGAAACAAGACAGAGAAUAAGUGUCAGAAUACGACAUCCAUCAUUCAACUGACAGGAAGACGAUGUCAGAUGAUGCGUGUCUUCUCACCCCCCUCCCCCGCCCCCGCGAGUAUCGCUCAGACCCUCGCGGCGCAGGUGAUGAACCGUCGGUGCCAAACGAGCGCUUACGCGCACUGGUGAAUGUGUUUUAUCGCCUGUUCUGUCGCGGAAGAAGUCUUUGGUUUUUCACCCGAUUUAAAAUUUUCUGGAUUACGUUGGAAAAGAAAAAAAACAAACAACCGAGGAUGAAGACAGUAACCGGGCGAAUUUAAGAAGAUUUCUGUCUGGACGGAGGUCCCUUUUCCGACUGUGUCCACAAUGGAUGCAGCCAAUCAGGUCAACACGACUGAAGCUGAGGAGUUCCUGGUUCAAGUUCUGACCUCCAGCUGCUGCUCGGCUACAGGUACAACAGGCGACGAGAGCUUUUCGAAGCUGGACGACAGCAUGGAGCUGGUUGGAGUUCAGGUUACUCUGAUACUCGCCUACAGUUCCAUCAUACUGUUUGGAGUGACCGGGAAUUCUUUGGUGAUUUACGUGGUCUACAGGUUCAAAAAGCUGCAGACCGUGACCAAUUUCUUCAUCGUCAACUUGGCCGUGUCGGACUUACUAGUCAACAUUCUGUGUCUGCCCUUCACCCUCGUUAACACGCUGUACGGCGAGUGGAAGUUUGGUCAGGUGCUGUGCUUCAUGCUGCCCUGUGCUCAAGGCAUGGCGGUGCACGUGUCCACCAUCACGCUGAACGUCAUCGCUCUGGACCGCCAUCGCAGCAUCGUCUACCACAUGGAGACCAAGAUGUCUAAAGAUAUUUGCAGCGUGGUUAUCAUCAUGACCUGGACGGUGAGCGCCCUGUUAGCCAGCCCUCUGGCCAUAUUUCGGGAGUAUCAGACGCUGGAGCUACAGCAGGGCAAAUUCAUCCAGGUGUGCGUAGAGAAGUGGCCUGGGAGCAGCAUGAACGGCAGCAUCUACAGCGUGUCCAUGCUCAUUGUUCAGUAUUGUCUGCCUUUGGCCAUUAACUGCUUUGCCUACAUCCGUAUCUGGAAGAAAAUGAAGGAUAUGCCGUACAGGGGUAGAAACGACCAUCACGAGCGCAGGAAGAGGACCACUCAAAUGCUGGUCACCAUGGUGGUGGUGUUUGCCAUCAGCUGGCUGCCCUUCUACGUGUUCCAGCUGGCCGUGGACAUCAACAGCAGCGUGCUGCGUAUGAAAGACUUCAAACUGCUCUUCACCCUGUUUCACGUCGUGGCCAUGUGCUCCACGUUUGUAAACCCGAUCCUGUACGGGUGGAUGAACACCAACUACAGGUCGGCCUUUCUGUCGGUCUGCAGGUGUAAAUGGCCGUUCGGUUUCACGACGCAGUGCAACCAAAACAGAGACGCGACGAGAGAGGAGGGCAGAGUGUGUAAAAAGUGCAAAUCAACAAAUGUGUGAUUGGUAUAAUUGUUGACGUUGUGUUUGGUUGAGUGGAGGAAUUACCAAACGUUAUUAUGAGGAUGAAUUAAGAGAUGUUCAAAGUGCUUUGUUUUUCCAGUUGCUGCGUACGACUGUGGAAUAUAUCAUGAUGUAUUUAUCUGAAUGACAGGCAGAGAUAGAUCAGUCGUUUCAAUCUGUAAAUACUCAAACUCCUGAACUCCUGGCUUUAAGUGGUUUAAAUAACACGAUACGAAAAAUAGAAUCCGGCAUCGAGUUUUAAAAUGAAUAAAUUCCAGAAUGAAGACAUAAGGUAGCAGCCAACAAACAGAAUCGACUUCUUAUUUUAUAAUCAAACCCAUAAUACUUUUUUAUCCUCUUUAGAGGAAAAUAUAGCUGAUACUGUAUAUGCAACAAAACGAGCAUGGUUUAUUAUAACCAUUACGGUAAGUGUUUGACAAAUUGAACAAAUGUCAUGAAGCCCCACUGUGAUUCCAAUCAUGAGAUCAGUCGUGCAAGUUACACUUUCCCUUAAUGAUAGAGUAAUGGAAUGAAAGUAGAAACCAUUCUGACAGGACACGUCCAUUUAUUAUACACCAUCGAUGGUUCAGACUCUGAGGUUUCAGGUCCAGGUGAUGAGGAGGAAAGUAUGAGCCCUAGAGUUGAGAGGCUGUUACUGCCGUCAUUACAUUAUAAUUACAAUAAUGAUACAGAUGGAUAUGUCAUAUAUAUAUAUAUAUAUAUUUAUAUAUAUAAUAAUGGAGAUGUAGAAGACCUGACAUGACGUAUGACAUGAAGGUCUUCUACAUCUCUUCUACAUCCAGUAUUGACUUUGACCGUGUUGUUGUUUUGUGAGUCCAGACAGAGGAGGAUGCUGAUGUUUGAUUACUGGGUUCAUCGUAAGCAGGUUUUUCUGUCUCGAGAGCCAAAGGGAGUCCACGCCCACAUUUGUUCGUGUAUAUGUUUAUUUUUUGUUUGUUUGUGGUGCUGUUCUGAAGAACUCGUGCUGUUUACAAAGUCUCGACUGAUUUACUUUGUCAAACAUGAAUGUCUCCAUUUAAAGUUGGCUUUUCUUGGUGCACAAAAUCAAUAACUGUUUGUCUUAUACUGUCUGAGGCUGUGGAGCUGCUGCUGCUGCAGUACCUCAGUGACCUCAGUGCAGUGACCUCAGCGGGGUACUCACUUAAAAGGAAAAAUGGACAAUAAUUUUCUAACCAAUCAAAUUUUCUUUCUAUUUUUGCUGAUGAACGAGGACCAGGUCGCUCCACGUGACUGGCUCUGAGUGGAGCCGUAAUUAUAUUAAGGACGUUUCAUCAUUGGAGUGAAUAUUGAUUCUUCUAAUUAACCACAUUUCUAUUGUGAAAUAAUUAAGUCCCGUUGCUAGUGGAACAAGAAGAAAGACCACUUUUUUUUUGUUUUUCUAAAUGGACCACAAGUCACUGGAGUCCAUUUCAUUAGAAUAAAAAUUAGAACCAUGCCAGUAGGUGAUUCAUCGUCUCUCCAGCUCAGUUCAAUUAAAGAAUUCUGAAGGGGUAUUUUUAAUUUGACUUUUCGGCAGCAGUCAUCACGUCACACCCUCAUAUUAAACCUCAGGAGUCCUAAUUAUUCCUUUUGUCAUCUGAGCUAAAAAAAAAGACUACGUCUUUGGCUACUGUACCUGCUGCAACAAGAAAAGCACCAUGGGGGGUUUGGGGGGGGGGGUAAUACUGUAUAGCUGUAACCACUACAUAACAAAACAAUUUGCAAUUUAUUAUUAUUUAAUUCAAAAAUACAAAUAUUGUUCCUUGCUGUGUAAUUUUAAUUUUGAUUUUUUUCAGAUUAAGACACUCUGCUGCAUGGACUUUAUUAUUUUUGAGCUCCCGCGGGCCAUACAAUAUGACUUGGCGGGCCACAU